AUGGACUGCCAUCCUUCAGAUGGACUGCCAGUGAGUGUUGAAUAUGUGGACACUUUCGGUGAUAUAAAGCCAUCAAAUAGUGAUGCCGUCAAGACUAUAGUUGCCAUUCAUGGUAAUCCGGGUCAUUACAAACACUUCAGUGGUUUAUGCGAUUAUUUCGGUAAAAAUGGGUCCAAAGUACGAGUGAUCGCACCAAAUAUGCCGGACUUCGGGAUCACCCGACAGACGAUGGCUUUCUGGCACUCAAACGAAGAAAGAUCUCAAUUCAUACGAGACUUCUUGAAAGCCAUUAAUGUCUCGACAAUUGAUUGUCUGAUCUGUCAUUCAGCGGGAAUUCAUCCCAUUUCCAUGAUUUGGACUGAACCCCGGGACCUGACACUCAGAUCUGUGGGCAUAUUUUCGCCGCAAUACCUGUCCGACAGGUUUUUCCUAAUAAACAAAUUGUUAUCCAAUUUCUCGCGCAAUAAGUUUGGGAUCGCUUUCAUGGAUGCAAUCAAAGCGCAUGAGUUAGCGAGGGGUCGGUCGCCACUCGUCUUCAAUAGCGUCGAUGAGGUCCUGUACUUUGUUUUAGUCCACUCUUAUAUACAG